AUGUCUUCGUCAACUUCCUUCGAGGAUGCCACGACGAAUGCUCAAUCCUACUGGGCAACCACCACUCGCUUGCGCCUAGACGCCAUCCAAAACUCCGUACAAGACCGCAGGCGUCGCCAGCAGAUGCUCAAGCUUGAGUUACAAGCUCUACAAGACGUUCUUUCGUCCGCCAACAAGCUCUACAACACACAAGCUAGUAUAUGCUCUUUGCCGCCAGAGACGCUAUGCCAGAUCUUUGCGUACCUGAAGGUUAUAAGGAAGCCGAUACGCACCAUGUAUUAUCAGGAACGAAAAGAACCUAGUUCGAUUGCUCCCGGUCCUGUACAGAUCUUCAAUGUAAAUGAUCCGCCAUCUCAGAUGGAGAUAUGCCGGGCUGGUUGGAUGUCCCUUACUCACGUGUGUUCUUACUGGCGCGAGAUCAUCAUCGGUAACCCAAGCCUCUGGGCGACGCAUGCGAAUUGCCUCGAGAUCAGCCCUUUGUGGCUCCCCAAUAUCAUGUUUCGCUCGCAGACGCUGCCGCUGGACCUCACCUUCGACUCGCGAAGCAAGAAGAGCAAAGAUCGCUUCCAAAUCAAGCGGCUCGCGUUCGUCGACUGUCUUUCGGACUUCGUGACGGGCGCCUACUACGAGAAAAGCGAUCUGCCGCUGGACCGACUUGAGGACCUCCACAUCGAUGUCUCUGGUGUUUCAACCGAUGAUCGUGAAUACGCCAACGAUCGUCUCACUCAGGUCCUGCGAGAUUGGAAAGGCGCUCUGGCCCCCCGCUUGCGAAAUUUGACCUUACUCUGCAACUCUGUACUUUGGGAUUCUCCAAUGUUCUCAGCGGAACUGACAAGUCUUCGUAUCGAACUCCCGGCCAAUACCCCUGCCGAGAACAUACCCAAGUAUCGAGAGAUCGCCAAACUGCUGCGAUCGUUCACCUCCCUCGAACGUCUCACGCUCGUGACGGCCAUCCCGCUCUCCGUCCCGAACCCACCCCGCAUCACUCUAGCGCCAACCCUCCGCAACAUCAAACUUGGAGCUGACGGUCGUAAUAAGGACUGCCUCAAGUUCUUGCAACAACUUGUUAUCCCUGAAGGUUGCUGUAUCUCGAUCAAGGCCGAUAAAGGACGCGAAGACAACGGCCCUGUUCGUCGUAUAUUCUCUCAUUUGUGGAACCUUUCUCUCCCGCGCGAGCUCGUCAUCGAUGAAUCUGGAUACGCCAUGCACCGGGCUCCGCAGGCCCGAGAGUUCUGGGUACCCCAGCGCAAUUCGAAGGGGCAAGCCGAUGCGACCGCCAUACUUGAUGUCGGCUCUAUGUGGUACGGCACCUGGCACGCAACGGACAGUAUCGAGGCGCCGGACCUGAGCCCGUUACAAGCUCUGUCGUUUCACUACAUGGGGUAUGAAGGCACGGCAUGGCCAGCGCAUUAUGCCUCAGCCGUGAAUGUCAAGCGGCUUGGCAUACGCUUCGAUCAAGGUGACUUGGGCGACACCAUGCUUAACGCCUUGACGGAGCUCUCGCCCGUCGACAACUCCACGUUCAAGUUAUGUCCGGCGCUCGAUACGUUGGUGCUCAUAGUAAGCGCCGGGUAUUUCUCGCGAGCGCUUUCGAUGCACGGUUUCACUACGAACACGGUGGCGCUUGUGAACCUUGUGUUGAGGAGGAAGGAAGGCGGAGCGCCGAUCAAGGAGCUCGUGGUGCAUGCGUCGAUGAGGAACUGGACGGUUUGGGAGUCGUUGAGGGAGGAUGUUGUUGUUACAUUCGCAUCGUGA